AUGUGUGACCUCCCUCCCUGUUUACCAUUGGCCGUUUUUUCGCUCAUCAUCAUCAACAAAGCUGGCGGUCUGAUCUAUCACCGAGAAUUCCAGGCCGGCCUGCAACGGCUCUCUACAAAUGACUACCUAGUCCUCGCCGGCACAUUUCACGGUGUCCAUGCCAUCACCCGCACAAUCACCCCUCAGAUAUCUGCUGCGCCCAGUAACUCGUCGGGCACAUCGACGCCCGCGCCGAAUACCUCAUCGAAUGGCUACCUCCCGAACCCUGGCCUGGCCAAGUCCGGCAUUGAGGUGCUAGAAACCGAUCGCUUUCGCCUGAGUUGCUUCCAGACGUUGACGGGCACCAAGUUUCUCCUCUUCACCGAUCCUUUGAUGACCAACAUCGAUACAGUCCUGAAGAAAAUAUACGAUCUAUACGCAGACUAUGUGAUGAAAAACCCAUUCUACCAACUAGAAAUGCCUGUUCGAUGUGAUGCUUUCGACCGACAUCUGGGCACGUGGCUUCGAGGACGGGCAUGA